UACCUAGCAGAACUAACGGUCAAUUUCGAAUUUGUCUGUUAUCGAGACGUCCUUUGCCCCAGCCCCAGGAAGAUAAAAUCCUCUAAAAUGCUGUCCCUUCGAAAUGCUGCGUUCUCUGUUGUGAGGCGCAAUGCUUACAUGCUCAUGGGAACAGCUCCCCAAUGUGCACAAAAGAGUACUCUUCCUGAUCUUCCUUUUGAGUACAGUGCCUUGGAGCCAGUUAUUUCUCGCGAUAUCAUGACUCUACAUCAUCAAAAACAUCAUGCUGCCUAUGUAACCAAUUAUAAUGCUACACUGGAAAAGCUUCAAGCUGCCAUCAGUAGAAAUGAUGUGUCUGCACAAAUUGAACUUCAGCCUGCCUUGAAGUUUAACGGAGGUGGCCACAUCAAUCAUUCUAUCUUCUGGCAGAACCUUACUCCUGAAACAACAAAACCAGACAGUACUCUUGAAGACGCUUUAAAAUUGCGCUUUGGAAGUUUUGAGAGCUUUAAAAAUGAGUUUUCAACUAAGGCUGUAGGUGUUCAAGGUUCUGGAUGGGCAUGGCUUGGCUAUGAUAAGACUAGCAAAUCUCUUCAAAUAGCAACUUGUGCCAAUCAGGAUCCCCUGCAAGGAACUACUGGCCUCAUCCCAUUGCUGGGUAUUGAUGUGUGGGAGCAUGCAUACUACCUACAGUACAAAAAUGUGCGAGCCGACUAUGUAAAGGCUAUUUUUGAUGUUGUUAACUGGAAAGAUGUCUCCAAGCGUUUCUCGGAUGCAAAGGCCUAAGCCUUGUACUCAAUGAGACUUGUGAUACUGUACCUCUAUCUUGUAAAUAGUUCAAGACAUUUAUGCCCAGUGCUUUUAUGUUAGUGAUACAACUUUCCACUCAAAGUAUGAUUGUUUUAAAGGCUGUUUUGGUUAGGCAGCCAUUUUAUUUGUUGUCCUUUUAUGUUUUUGUGAAAUAUGUUUUAGGAUAUGUUGCAUAAUAAAAGAUGAUGUAAAGUA